ACCAUAUUACAACACGUCUCGCAGUCACAUGAAGGCUACAUGACUUGAUGCUCUCCACAGGCGCACAAAAAGACAUCUCCAUUGCUGAAAAGUCAAACUCUAAGUAUAAGACCCCAUCCCAGCUACACGCGAAAUUUGACUACAUCCGCCAAAUCAGGACGAGAUGGCAAAAAGAUUGGCAGAUCGACAAUGCAAGGAAAUGAAGGCUUCGAAAUGAUUGGAGUGAUACGAGGAAAGGUGCGGCUGGAUGCUGCGACGGAGGUUUGCUUGCGCUGUCAUAUGUACUAGCAGUCCCCCAACAUCGUGUUCCAUGAGCAGCCAAGUCUCAGGGGAAAAGCACAUAGGGUCUCUUCAGAGUCAACACCGUCGUAUGUAGUAUGUCUAUAUGUGGCGUCAAAGUUUUAAGGUAAACAGAAGUUACCUCGAAUGGCCCAUUUCCUUACGUUAUUUCACCAAACGAAGCAAGCUGGCUUAGCGGAGGAAUUUGCGCUCUUGUCCCA